AAAGAACCUAAAUGCUUAUUUCGUCUAUAUUCACACCUACACCUACUACAACAUCCACCGAACCCAACAACGCGUAGCGGCAAUAAGAAGCCUGUGUCCCUCCCUCCCCAACGUGCUAACAUGCUCUGUUCCCUUCACGGUAUUUGAACGUCCUCGUCGUCGUUGUCAUCGAAGACGAGAAACGCAUAUACCAUGAAGAGCGACAAGAAGCCAUCAUCGUUGCAGGAUCUCAUUGAGAAUGCACCUGGAGGUUGUGCUGUUACCGAUGGAGGGUUCGCUACACAGCUUGAAAAACAUGGAGCUUCUUUCACUGAUCCUCUUUGGAGCGCCGUUUGUUUGAUCAAAGACCCCCAUCUUAUCAAGAAGGUUCAUUUGGAAUAUUUGGAGGCUGGUGCAAAUAUAUUGGUUACCUCAUCUUACCAGGCUACACUGCCUGGAUUUUUGGCAAGGGGGCUGUCCAUUGAAGAAGGGGAGAUGCUGCUAAAGAGGAGUGUGAAAUUGGCAGUUGAAGCCCGGGAUAGUUUCUGGAAUUUUUCUAAAAGAAAUCCUAGUAAUAAAUAUAGACAGGCUUUGGUUGCAGCCUCCAUUGGAAGCUAUGGGGCUUACCUUGCUGAUGGCUCAGAAUACAGGGGAUUGUAUGGACCAGAUGUGACUUUGGAGAAGUUGAAGGAUUUUCAUCGCCGCAGAUUGCAAGUUCUUGUUGAAGCUGGUCCAGAUUUGCUUGCUUUUGAGACAAUUCCAAACAAAAUUGAAGCUCAGGCUUUAGUAGAAUUGCUUGAAGAAGAAAAUGUACAAAUCCCAUCUUGGAUCUGCUUCACCUCUGUAGAUGGUGAAAAUGCUCCCUCAGGAGAGAGUUUCAAGGAUUGUCUUGAAGCAAUAAAUAAGAGUGACAAAGUAGGUGCGGUUGGUAUAAACUGUGCACCACCCCAUUUUAUGGAAAAUCUGAUAUGCAAAUUUAAGCAGUUGACAAAGAAGGCAAUCAUUGUAUAUCCCAAUAGUGGAGAAGUAUGGGAUGGUAGAGCCAAGAAAUGGCUACCAUCUAAGUGUUUUCACGAUGAAGAUUUUGGAUUUCAUGCGACAAGAUGGCGUGAUUUGGGUGCUAAAAUUAUAGGAGGUUGUUGCAGGACUACACCCUCCACCAUUCAAGUUAUUUCAAAUGCUUUAAGAGAAGAAUCUUAGUUGUGCUUGUUGAUGUAGUAAUUGUUUUCAACAAAUUGAGAGAUUUUGUCUAGGCAAUCUCUAAGAUCUAGAAUAUGAACCUUCAAAUUUUGGUUGUCUUAAGCGUGUUCAUUCAGUUGAAAGGAAUUCGUUUCUUUAUGCUUAAGUAAUAAGAAAAAAAUUAUUUAUACUUGCGUUAAAA